AUCAUCAUCAUCAUCAGUACAGCAACCAUCCUCCACCAGGGCGAGUGACGUGCUCUUGGCAUACACCAGCUUAUCAGCGUUAUCAGUUUAGUUCCGGUAUUCCAGACUAAUCCUGGUUAGUGCUCUGAAGCUGGUGAUGCUUCUUCGCGGCCGGCCGCGGGAUGGGACACAGGCAAGGUUUGCGCCGAUCUCAUAUAAUUCCAGCAAUUAUAGCCGCUGCGCCGCCGGACACGUACUGUUGGCCCCGACCACAACCGUGUGGCGGUCCCUCGGGACCGGCCAGCAGACGUUCAAUGCGAACCGGGUUCUGAAACGAUGCUACCCCUCCCGCCACGGGGCUCCGUGGACACCAAAGCUUGGUUUGACUCGUGACAGGAGCUAAAAGCGAAACGCAUCAUCAUAAGUAGUUUGUUUGCCUUGUUUCUUUUUCCUUCUCCCAAUCUGACGGCGCUGCCUCCCAUGGUUGAUUGACCGCACUGGCCCGAGCCGCCGGCGCUGUGCAUCCUGUCGAGUCGUGCUUGAGCAGCUCGGCGCUGAGCAACUGGCCCCCCCAUGGAGACUCAAUACCCCCGCACCUCGGACGGGGAGAAACAUCGGAUGGCUGGGCCGUCUCCUCUCAGAAGCAUCAGGGCUGGCCCGAACAAGAUACCCAAGAAGAAGAAGAAAGUGAGAUGGGCGGAUGAGCGGUCGCAGUCACCGGCAAUCAUUGCGGUGGUCAUCCUCAACGUGGUGUUCCUGGUAUUAGGCGUGCUCGCGGGGCUGGGCACGUGGGCCAAGCAUGAUGUGCAGCAGGUCCAGGAGGGACCAGUCGAACUCGAGAUCCGACAAGCGGUACACCAGCGGCUGCCGCUGGGACGACAUGCCAUCCACGACUUGCGGCGUGUCAUGAGGAGAGAUGUCCCUGGGGGCAACAACAGCGCGAUGCAGACCUUUCAGGUCGACGUACCGCUGCUGGGGAUGAACGGGAAGGUUGUGGGUGGAGGCACGGCCGAUGGGUUCAGGGACAUACCGACGAUAUUGCCCGGGCUCGGCGAGGAGGACUGCCAGGUCACGAUUGCCGUCAACACCUUCUCCAACUCUUUCGGGAGUCCGUUCGUGGGCAACUAUACGCCGCCUGCGUGCUUGGCUGAUAGCAACACGGCCAUCAUGAACUUGACGGUGCAGUCCCAGGGCAGGCAGUUUGACCGCCUGGCCAUCGUGUACUUCGGAGACACCGAGGUUCUCCGGACGUCUACUGAGGAGCCAAAUCGCCGGGGUAUAUCAUACACAUACAUAAAGGAUAUGUCACAAUACAUGGCAAUGUGGAGGCAACCGCAAAAGGUCAUCUUCGAUCUUCCGAAUGGCGUCACUGACGUGUUGACUGGUGUCUAUAACGCUACUGUAACGGCGAGCUUCUUCAGUGCACCGCAGGGUGCCACCCCGGCAGAUUCGGUUCUCACUAUUUCCUCCCGCCAGGCCAAUAACGACUCCCAGCCAAGCGUGUUUUCACUCCCGGAUCAGAUUGCAUCCAACGUGAUCACCGACUUCCCUCGAAACGCUGUCAAGGUCAUAUUCUCGGUCUCGGCAACAGGCCAGGGCAACGAGGAGUUCUGGUGGAGCAAUGUUCUCGAGUCCAACGCACUGACUUACAAUGCCUCGGGUGGCCAGCUGCCCGGAAAUUCGCCGUUUCGGGAAGUGCAGGUUCUUCUUGAUGGGAAAUUAGCAGGCGUCCAGUGGCCAUUUCCUGUCAUAUUCACCGGUGGCGUUUCUCCUUCUUUCUGGCAGCCCAUAGUUGGAAUCGACGCCUUCGACCUCAAGGAGGGCGAGAUCGACAUGUCGCCGUGGCUUCCUGUCCUUUGUGAUGGGCAACCUCACAAUUUGACUUUCAACGUCGUCGGUCUCAGCGAUGACGGGAAGAUUGCCACGCUAUCUCCGAACGUCACCUCAAGCUGGCAAGUAACGGGGAAAAUGUUUGUAUGGUUGGACGAAAAGACAGACUCAAUCACGACAGGGUCACCGCCUACAGUCAGCGGUCUGGACCCAACGAUCGCAAUCAGCCAGUCCGUCACACAAAACGCAACCGGCUUCAACGACACACUCAAAUACACCACGUCUGUGUCCCGAAGUUUCAGCGUCUCAGGCUCCAUCACAACAUCAGCCGGCAACAAAACAGUCUCCUGGACGCAAACCCUCGCGCACACAGACGACGCGCUCGUCAGCAACAGCGGGCAGAGCCAGGUCAACGUGAUCACCACGACCGGGACCGACACCUCCACCCACGGCGACGACGACACCGCGGGCUUCACGACCCGGUACUCGUACCCGCUCAACGCAAACGUGACGAACCAGGUCCUCGCGAACGGCACGACCCGCCUCGACGCAACCCUCGAGCGCACCAAGAGCGUGGGCCGCACCAACCCGCGCGGCGGCGUCGCCCCGAGCGGGCUGCAGCUCUUCUCCGUGCUGCCGGCCACGGCGGACCGGGCGGCGGCCUUUGCGGGGACGGCCUUCACCACGAGGCAGAAGGGCGCCGCGACAGUGUUCACCGCGCCCGAGGGGCAGAACGGGAGUUCUCAGACCGGGUCGCAGGCGCAGACUAUGCGGUUUGGCGGGCUGGAUGGGGGCGAUGCGGGUGACGGGCAGGGCGUGGAGUUGUAUUUCCGGGACGUCAGUGUCAAGAGUGAUGGGACGGUGCUCGGGGAUACGGAGCGGUUGGCGGGUGAGGAUGUUGUCGGGAAGAGACCGGCCGCGACUACGAGUGGGAGGCCCGGUGUUGUGAUGGGCGUUGUGGCUGCCGCGCAGGACUGGGUGGCGCGGACAGGUGUUGGGCUGUUUGAUACUAGUAGUCCCGUUACCCGGAGAAGAUCCCGUUAGUACACACGGGCGGAAGAGCAUAGACGCUCGUAUGACACUUUCAAUACCUGAAUACCUGGGUAGACAUCCA